AUGCGAGAAGAUAUUUGCGUCAAGGAUGGUGUCAUUUUGAAGGAUGGUCGUGCAGUAAUACCCAAAUCUCUCCAGGAAAAAGCACUGAACAUAGCCCAUGAAGGACAUCCCCUAGCCGCCAAACUGAAGACUAUUUUGCGAGAACGUGUGUGGUGGCCAGGAAUGGCGCAGGAUGCCGAAAAGUGGGUCAGGACAUGCCAGUCAUGCGCAAUCAAUGGUCGGCCAGAGAAAACCACUCCGAUGGUGCGUACCGUCAUCCCCAAGACUGCGUGGGAAACCAUCGCUAUUGAUUUUAAUGGACCUUAUGCCAAACUCGGAGGUAUACAUAUCCUGGUGAUUGUUGAUUACCGUUCACGUUAUCUCAUUGCUCGUCCUGUAAAGUCGACCAGCUUCGAGCGAACAAAGAAAGUGCUCGACGAAGUUUUCGACAUAGAAGGUUUUCCGGAGUGUAUAAAAAGUGACAACGGUCCUCCAUUCAAUGGAGAUGAUUAUGGUCGGUUCUGUCACGAAAGAGGGAUCAAAACUGUUUUCUCGACACCACACUUCCCGCAGCAGAAUGGCAUGGUUGAGAAUUAUAUGAAGAUAAUCAACAAGUCCAUGUCCGUAGCUGCCUCCUCUGGGGGGAACUAUAAUGAAGAACUCCAAUCGGCAGUUCGAGCGCACAAUGCAGCUUCUCAUACCGUUACAAAAAUGCCACCUGAAGUAAUUAUGCAUGGAAGGAAGAUCAAGCGAGGCCUGCCGUUAAUAGACCGAAAAUUACUUGAUUAUGACAACAGUGGCAUUGAUGAGAGAGACCGAGCAAUGAAAAUUCAAGCUAAACAUCGUGAAGAUGCCCGCCGUGGAGCCCGAAAGUGCCAGUUGAAGCCUGGUGAUACGGUGAUAGUAGAGCGACAAACGAGAGCAAAAGGCGACUCUAGGUUUGGGACACAGCGUUAUACGGUCAUGGAAGAAAGAAAUGGGAAUUUGGUGCUUGGAGACGACGAAGGGCGUACGAUAAAGCGACACGUGUCCCAGACAAAGAAGGUUGUGGAAUGGCGCGAGCAAUCAUCUGGACAUCCGGAGGCUGAAGAUGCUAUCCGAACACAACGAGCCACCAGGAAUAGGAAAAUUCCCAAACAUCUACAAGACUUCAUCUGCAUGGCAGAUGUCAACGAGAAUUAA